AUGUCACACGACGAAGCUAUAACCACAUCGGACGAAAUGGGACAGAUCGACUUGCGAGUUUUCCAGUUAUCGAUUCAACUUCCGGACAUAAUUGAUCAAUUCCGCACUGUACUCACUCAAAUGAAGACCUCUGAUAUAUCCCUUGAAGAUGGGACACGGAAGUACACUGACUUCAUCAACGCGAUCAUUCAAAAUGCGUUUACUCCCGAGGUACAACAAAUAGCGGCCAACCAGAAGAAACAGAAGCAACAGAAAGAAGUGAACAACGUUCUCAAUGAAGUCAUAACAACUGAAGAAGAGUUUAUGAACUGUAUGGUCACGUAUUUGAAGAACUACGGGAGGAUUCUGAUGAAAUCCAAAACGGUAGGGGUCCACGUGAAAAACAUUGAAAUUGUAGUUUUGAAGAUCGUCGCGUUAUCAGAGAAGCUUGUGAAGAUCCUUCGCAACAAGGACUAUGAGAAAUUGUUUGAUUGUGUGAAGGACUUAUCGAUAUAUAGUAAUUACUGCAUCUUCUACGAGAGAGUCGUGAAUUUGUUGCCAAAAGCACGAAAGGAGAUUCCAGAGAUCGAUUUGGUGACUAAGAACCCUGAGGUGAAAGGACUGAAUGUCAUGGACUACUUAAUUAAGCCAGUGCAACACAUCACAAAGUACCCACUCUUUUUAAACACUCUCAAGAACUUAAUGGAUGGAGCGCAGAAGAAAUUGGUCGAGCGAUUGUUCGACGAAGUGUAUGAUGUGCUGUUAGAUAACAACUCCACACAGAAGUAUUUUAAUUCGGAGAGUGAGAAGGAGGCGCUUCUUCCUAAAUUGAAGUGGAAGACGGAUGAAGUUGAUUUGAAUAAUGAAUUCUUCAUGUUGAAAGUGUCUGUGAAGGCAUUGACACUGAUUGAGAAGUGUGCGUACUUCCCAAUGAAGGACGUCAACUUUGGGGUUUUGUUCUCACGACAUGUAGUAUUUGGGAAGGAAAAAGGGUCGAAGAUAUACAUCGAAAAGGUGUUAAAUAACAUCGAGUCGUUUGAAUCCUUUGACGAUCACUUAAUUCUUCAAACCGCAGACUCUACGGUGUCCCUCUCAUUUAACGAAAAAGGCGAUUUACAAAUGUUUAACAUUAAAAUAAAGGAGUACCUCGACUCAGUCUCUCCUAAUUUACGAUUGCGUCUAACUCAAUCACCAUCAGUCGAAAACCUUCUCAGCAUUAACAGACAAAGAAGGCCGUCUGAGGCAGGUGUGGAACAACACAUCAAACUGUCACCAGACUGUUCGCCCCGCGAAAUCGAAAAGAGAAAAAAGGUCGUAAAGCAACUCCACAGAACGUUAACGUCCACAGCGACACAUCGGCCAAAUAUCUCGAUGUUUUGA